UAUUGACCCACUGAUGUAUUGAUAUAGGGGAGGUGGAUUAAUAUAAUACGAAGUGUUAUUCAAAUAAAAAACGAACACAUAUAUAGAGGUUGAGUAUAUGUAUUGUUCUGAUCAGUUUAUUUCUUUUUUAUUGAUAUCAGACUUGAUUGCCUGUAUCCUAACCAUUGUAGUUACGAAACGCAACAUUUUCGUAAUCGCAAGUAUUGCCUUGAAAGUUGAAAUUGGGUUAAUUGAGGAAUAUUGGUCGUACCAAAUAGAACACACUACUGCAGAUCUUAAUGCGUUGUGAAUUAUGCAAACCACACGUGUAAAAAUAUUAUAUCAGUUAGAAUCACAGAAACGGAUUUAUUAUUUACGUAGGUGUAUCGGAAUUACGGGGAACUGAAAUGAGGAGUUGGUGGGAAGGGGGAACCAGUGCCCUUAAUACCGAUAUACGUACAUCCAAAGUAUUAAGAAACAGGUACGAAAUUUUUUGAGGGAGGCAGGGGGAAGUAUAACCCUUUGUUCUAAUUUUAUUAUUAGAUUCUCCCCUCGGGCUAAAUUGUAAUAUAUAGGUCUUUUAUGAUAUUGUACAUAUGAAUACAGUUUAUAGAAUA